UCAUAGAGAACACUGGGUCAAAAUUACGGGUUACGGUGCGGGAUUUGCCGUAACCCUUGUCCCUAAUAAUCAUUCUUCCAAUUUUCAUAAUUCUCAUCAAAAUAAUGUUUUUAAACUUCCUCCUCCUAUAGUACAACCUUUUUCUCAACAUAUGUUGCUUCCUAAUCAUUCUUCUCAACCACCACCGCCACAACAACAGGAUGGUUCACAACCUCCUCCUCAUCAACAACAAUCUAGAUAUGAACGUAUUUUACCAAAGCAAUUGGUAAAAAGUAAAAGUAACAAGGAAGAUAAAGAAAAAUAUAAGGGUAACAAGGAAGAAAAAAGUAAAAAUAAAUAUAACAAGGAAAAAUGUGAUAAGGAAAAAGAUGACCCUUUGAAGACUUCUCCAUCAUCAUCAUCACCACCUCCACCACAAACCACACAAACAACAACAAAAAUAACGAAAAUAACAAAAUAG